AUGAGUGACGAAGAACCUGUGGUAGAUCUUCAUGAAGUAGAAUAUUAUCACGAUUUGAUAGAAGUAGAUGCAAUAGAAGACGUACCUGUUAGUAUGGGGAGUUUUAAAAAAAAAAAGCCUCAGAAGCGUAGGAAGACAUCGGAUGCUUGGAAUUAUUUUGAUCCCCCUCCUAGUACGUGUCCAAAUGAUGACAAGCCGCAGGUCAAAUGCAAGUAUUGUGAUGCUACAUACGUGGUUCUAGGUGCAUAUGAUGGGUUGAAAGAAAUUGAUAGUGCUCUCCAUAAGGUUCGUGAGAGUGUUGAGUAUGUUAAAGGAUCACAAGGGAGGAAAAAGAGGUUUCUUGAAUCUGUGAAUCAAAUGUCUUUGGAUGGUAGAAAAGGGUUGAGACAAGAUGUUCCAACUAGAUGGAAUUCCACAUUUCUAAUACUUGAGAGUGUUGUUUAUUAUCGGCGUGCUUUUUGUCAUUUAGAGUUGAUUGAUUCUAACUUUAAGCAUUGCCCUGGUGUACUUGAGUGUGAAAAGGUGGAUAGUAUUAGAACUUUCUUGGCUUGUUUUUAUCAUGCUACUUGUGACUUUUUUGGAACUAAGUAUCCCACAACCAACUUAUAUUUUCCAUCAGUUUUCAUGAUCUAUGUGACCUUGAAGCAACAUAAAGAGAGUGAAGAUGAAUAUAAGAGAUUAAUGGCAAAUCGAAUGCUCUAUAAGUUUGAAAAAUAUUGGUCAGAAUUCAGUAUAGUGUUGGCCAUUGCAGUUAUCUUGGAUCCUCGUUUCAAGCUUCAUUUUAUAGAUUUCUGCUAUAAGAAGCUUUAUGGAGAGAAUAGUUCUAGAGAGUUUUUGCUUGUUCAUGCUAAAUUAUUCUCUCUUUUUAUGGAAUAUAAUGGUAUGUUUCCUAUAACUUCAAGCACCAUAGCUGUUGAAAAACAUGAGUUUGAUACAUUUGAAAGGGAUGAUGUUGGUAUACAAAAGACUCAAAUAGAACUUUAUUUGGAUGAACCUAGGCUGGAUAGGAAUGCGAAAUUGGACAUUCUUGCAUUUUGGAAAGGAAAUGAAUUUCGUUAUCCUGAUGUAGCUUGUAUGGCUCGUGAUAUUUUGAGUAUUCCCGUUUCUACAGUUGCCUCAGAAUCCACUUUUAGUGUUGGUGGGCGUGUAAUUGAUCAAUUUAGGAGUUCGCUCAAGCCAGAUGUCGUUGAGGCACUAGUUUGCACUAGAGAUUGGUUAUAUAGAGAGCAAUGUUCUCAAAGAUACAAUUUCAACUCUGAAAGUGCAGUAAGCCAGUAA